CAAUUUCCCAUUUCCUGAUUCACGGGAUACAUCAUUAUCAUCAUUCCACGGCAUUAGACCCCGGCAUCAAACCGUAAGACCGACUCGCCGCUGGUCUCGUGUCUGCUGUCUGACAGCAAUUUUGGUAGUUUAUCAACGAUUGCCUAGCCAGACUCGUUAAGCACAUCACUUUGACACACUCGGUGCAGCUCUCGGAGCAAAACAUUCCAAAUCCCUCGAGUACCUCUCAAUAUAGGGGCGAAAUACACAUCUCCCCACGAUGGGCACGCCUAGUAGCAAUAACCCAUCGAGCCUCGGUUCGAAUGAUUCAGGAUUCGCGACCGGCUCGGCCGGUCCUGCUCGGCAGCCCUCCCCCUCUGCAGCCACCGGAACAUCAGAACCAUUGCCAACCUCUUCGAAAUCGGCCUCAACCCCUGACGAAAUCAAGUUUAGGCGCCUGUUAUCAAGAUACCAAAGGUAUCGCAUCAACGGUGCUGGGAGUACGGCAGUGGCCAUGGACAUGCUUUGGAAGGAACUCGCCAAUUUUGAAGAGGCGAAAGCUUUCUUUGAAUGGACCAACGUCUAUUUCAAGACCACCACAUACUUCAACUUUGAUGAGUUUGCAGCAAUGUCGAAUGUUGACUUCAGAACCCAGCUGGCAACGGCUAACUGGAUAAGCGGAGGCGAGGCUCUUAGCCUGGUCAACUCGAGACUCUCCUGUAACGACCUUAAGCGCGGCGCGAAUUAUAUUCCUCUGGGCCGCUACCAAAGGUUCUUGCUAUCGUUGCACGCGGACAGCAUGGUCAUGAUACCCAGAGAAGCUGACGCCGCAAGCCUGGACGCGCACGAUCUAACCGCUGUCAACUCCAAUAAUAUCCUAGGAGCUCAGUAUGAUUCCGCCCGUGGCAGUGAGAAGCAAACAUUGCUGUUUGCCCAACUUGGAAGAAUUAUGUCUACUCGCAUCAACGAUGGGCACCUGGACGCAUCGCUUGCAGGGAGACAUUGGGAUGAUACUGGGUUUGUUCUCGCAUUGGAGAUCCUUGAAUCGGGAUCGGCGGGGAAUUUCUACAUGAUUUGCAACCUAACACGGCAGGACGAUGUAGAGGAGCUUUCUGACGAAGACAUCGCUUCCGACCCUGGACUUCUGAAGCUCUGUGGAGAAGAAACCUCCUUUACUGUAGCGCAGGUCGACGGUCAAGGACCUGAACUUCUCAAGGAUACUUGGGAAAAUGCGUGUGAUGAGAGAGCUAAAAUUCGGUUAACGGUCUUGUCAACGUCAAGACCGGAAAUCGUUGAGACAGGCUUUGUACGACUCAACGAUGGAGAUGGCCGUGGUCUUGUCGCCUUGAUAUGAGGGUUAGGCACUAAAUUGUACAGUAGGAGAUUUGAGAGAAGCUUCUGCUGUAUUGAAAAACGUUCGCUUAGCGACUGCAAAGAUUGUUGGGGCCUAUCCGGGCCUUGGGCAUAGGGUCAGAUGCCGGAGGCGCAGAUCAGGUUUAGACCAGGGCUAAGGACAGUGUGUAUAAGGUUGACUCUUUUCCUAUUCUUGACACCUAUUAUAAGGUGCAUUAUACCC